AUGUCUCCGUCGCCUGGAGAUGACGGCAAGUCUCAUCAUGAUUCCAAGACUUCUGGAGGCCUGGCCAGCAUCUUCAAGGGCCUCACCGGAGCUGCCAAACUGACCAGGUCUCCCUCGCAUGCGGCGCUCCCUUCCGGUCCCUCGAUAAACGCCCACGUCGCCGAACACCUUGGCUCUGUACCCACAGUCACCCGCGGCCUGCCGCAGCAGCAUACUGAGGCGUUCGAACAGCUGAAGAAUGGGGCCCUGGACGAGCAGAUCGCGGCAGCACAUGCGCUGCGGUCCGUUGUUGCCGACUACCCACUCUGCCCAGUGUUGGAUAUCUGGUAUGCCGCGAAAGACCUCAUUGAGCCAUCGAAAGACUGGAACGCGCGCACUGCCGGGUGGGAGCUCCUUGCAGUGUGUGUGAAACAUCCCUCGUCGUCCGAUCUCGAGAGGAAGGAGUAUUUCCAGACGAUAUCCGCCCCGGCGAACCCAGAAGACUUCCAGUAUCAACUCACUGCGCUUGCCGAGCUUACAAAACAUGGGCGCGAUGUCUCCGGAUUCGACUACGACAUAUUCCCACUUCUGUCCACCUGGCUUCAGUCCACCUUCAGUUCCGUGCGGGCCGCUAGAAACGCUGCAAAGAAGCAAGAGUCGCGAGCGAGGGAGAAGGCGCUGACAACCGACGGAGACGGAAAUACCGACGAACAUGGAAAUUUUGCUGGUCUUUUCGCCUUCAUUACGGAUGUGAUUAAGUUCAAUUUCAUAGUCGCCAACGACGAAGCCGCCGGGUCAAUGAUCGAUGUCCUGGUCAGGAUUUGCUUGAGUAGCAGUUUCGAAGAAGAUCUGCGGGCCUGCAUUGGGGUCUUGGAAGCCAUUGUGACAUUCGGAUCGCUGCCUGCGGACAAACUGAAUAGUUGUGUACUGGUCCUUUCCUCUAUCCACGCAAUUGUGCACUCACUUCGAAAGAAGUCUUGGCAUACGAUCAGUAUGCUAUGUCGCUCUCAUAAUGGACAAGCGAUUGUGAGGAUCCUGCUGGAGGUUAUGAUCAGUCCGUCUGCGGAUACAGACGUGGAAAACCAGGGCGUUCGAGAAGUACUGGGCGUUGUUUCGGUUCUCACCAAACUGAUAUCGAAAAGCGCGGAGAAGGGCUACCCAUUGGUUCCGUAUGCUCUUCUCGUCGACGGGCUAUCCAAGGUGGUCGAGAUUACAUCUCAGUGGAGGGUCCAUGUCGAGAUACUGAGGCUUGUCAACGCCCUCCUUUGCGAUGCCGAAGGUAAGGUGGACAGCAUGCUCACUGACGAGGACUGGACUCCUAUUUUCGACAUCGCCGUGGCAUCUUCAGCUGGUCUUGUCACUCUCGUGUCCAGAACUGACGAGGACAUCAUACCGCGAUUGCUUCGAGAAGAGGUCGACAACGCGCGAAGUUUGUUAGCUAAAGAGCUAAUGAAGAUGGUAUACCGACUCGAGAACAUCCUCAAAGGGCAGCAAAGCAUGUUUAUCCAGAGACAAGCCUGCAUCGACUUCUUCAUCAAGGUUCAUCCCGUAGUCCCUGACUCGGUGGCCCUAUUGAUUCUCGAUUACUUCAGAGAAUUUCGGUGUUGCUUCCCAACGGAUGCGCAAUGGGAGACGAAUCUGGGGCUGGUGCUAGAUACGUUCUUCACGAACAAGAAACGAUCGACAGAGGUGCGACUACAGGCCUUGCAUAAUAUCACAGAGGUCUAUGACAUGGUGGAGCUCGUCAACGACCAGGUUGAGCCCGAGUUCGUCCCUAGGCUCGUGAAACGUCUUCUUGCCGGCGUGGCGGAAGAACGCGAUGUUCUCUUGUUGCAGGACAUUGUGUCCUUUGCCGUCACGGUUGCAACCGCGACGAGUUACACGUUGUUCUGUCAUAUUAUGGGUGCACUACGCGGCAUCGUGGGUAACGGCCGGCUGCGUUUGCCCGGCACUCCUCCAGUCGAUACAGGAGUGUCAACAUCUCUCGAAUCUGCGAAAUCAACCAAAUACCAAACACCCUCGAGCGUUGUGACGAGGGGUUACGUGCAGAUUUUCUUGCGGGUUAUGAACCUCGAUGUCGCGAAAGCAACCCGCCUCUUCCACUCAUUGGUCUCGAUAGCCAAGUCCACCAAUAGUGAGACAGAUGCUCGUGUUACUGCCAUGCAACUACUAUUCCGCUUGAGAGCUGACUGGGCUCGUCGGAUAUUCGUCACCCCGCAUACUGAGACUGACAGUCUCGCCACAACAUUAAAUCGCACGGAAGACUCUAUAUCGCGAAAACUUGCUGAGGAAACGUCACAACCCACCAGGCUAUCAAGAGCUGAUCUUGGAGGAGCGGCUCGCUCAUCACGUGGUGUGUCUUUCUCCCACGGACAGACACAAGAUCGAGCCUAUCCACUCAGGUCAGCAAGUGGUUCCAAGCCAGUGCCAAGUGCGAGUCAGGCUCUGUGGUUUGCAUCUGAUCCGGACGCCUUACCCGAGGUCCCCUCUCCAGGCGCAAGCCCCGUGCUGUACUCUGGGCGUUCCGACGCUGCUCCCGGACUUAACAACUCGCCAGAGCAGGAAUCCAUCUUACCGAUGGGACUGUGGCUUGACACGGUCCUGAAUUUGAUACAGCAGAAGGAUUGUGACUGGGAAGUUUACAGCUUCGUCCUAGUACAUCUUCCUUCGCAGUUGAGUAAUCACGCUAUCUUUGAAAGCGCUGUGCCGCAGCUACAGGAGUUACGAAAGACUGUCUGCGAUCAGAUCAGGCUGAAUAGUUUCGACGAGUCCCAGAAAGCUCCUUUGGGGGUGCGCCGAGGUGAAAUUGCCAUCUGCCUCUUCCAUACCCUGACAAUGAUCUUGAGUUAUCACCGGUACUUUCAAAAGGCAGAAGAGGAUGAGAUUGUGCGCACCUUCGUGCAUGGCAUCGUCGCAUGGGAGCGCAGUGCAAAAUGCUGCAUACACGCUCUCACAAUCUGCUGUCAUGAGCUACCUUCCUCGACAAGCAAAGCCUUGGUCACGAUUCUGCAACGCAUGGCACAGAUCAUAACUCAACCCGCCGUUGCAAUGCACAUUCUAGAGUUUCUUGCCUGUCUGAGCAGACUCCCUUCAUUGUACGUCAAUUUUCGGGAGGACGAGUAUCGGAUCGUCUUUGGGAUAUCCUUUCGAUACCUACAGUACGUCAGAGGUAGGAAACAGAACUAUAGGUCCAGCUCGAUCGCCGACUCUAAUCCUGCCGCGGGGGCUUCCAGCUUGGCCGAGAACCAGGCACACUCAAAUGCAUCAGAUGAUCUUCCGCAGUAUGUCUACACAUUGGCGUACCACAUUGUGCUCUUUUGGUUCUUGGCCUUGAGGCUCCCGGAUCGAGCAAACCAUGUUGGGUGGAUUGCCAAAAAUCUCUUCACAGACGUCGAUGGCUCACAAGUAGCGGACGAACAGGCGCAGAUCACGAUUGACUUCAUGCAAAGGGUUGCCUAUGCUGACAUUGAUGAAUCUGCUGCUGAUCCUCUGUUCACUGCUGACAGAUUUGGCGAGAUCCUGAAGAAGAGAUGGUUGAUUGGCAACAGCAUAGUCACGGUUGAGCAAGCUGUCACGACGGGCUGGGCUCAAAUCACGAAGCGCCAGCCGUCAGGCACCUCGUGCUACACGAUCCGCGAACUAUUCCGGCCACCGCCGGCACAUCAACAGCCCGCGAAUGAUAUGCCACGGGACAGCCAGCCUGCUUCGACGAAUAGUGUAUUGCCUAGUCAUCUGCUUGUGCAGUUGCUGUCCUCAAUGCCUCAGGGCAGCGACGCGGGGCGACCUGUGCCUCUUCCCGAAGACGACGCGGUGGACAGAGCUAUCCGGGUAUUCGACCACAAUAGUACAGUAGACGGUCACAAAGUCGGCGUGAUCUAUAUCGGAGAGGACCAAACCAACGAGUCGGAGAUCCUGGCCAAUGUAUCUGGUAGUCGCGACUAUGUGGAGUUUCUGAACGGCCUCGGGACGUUGACCAAACUGAAGGGCGCCACUUUCAAUACCCAAGGUCUGGAUCGACAGUACGAUACGGAUGGCGAGUACACUUUUUGCUGGAGAGACAGAGUGACAGAGCUCGUCUUCCACGUUACCACGCAGAUGCCUACAAACUUGAAUCACGAUCCCCAAUGUACGCUGAAGAAGCGACAUAUAGGCAAUGAUUUUGUCAACAUCAUCUUCAACGACUCUGGAUUCCCCUUCAAGUUCGAUACUUUCCCAUCCGAAUUCAAUUUCGUCAACAUUGUCAUUACUCCCGAAUCCCGUGCUUCUUUCGUCGCUACUAGGCAGAGGACACCGAAGGACGUGAGGGAAUCGUUUUAUCAAGUCCACGUCUUGAGCGAACCCGGGUUCCCUGAAAUCUCACCAGCCUCCGAGCCAAAGAUCGUCAGUCUGAAGGCUUUGCCUGAUUUCAUUCGACUUCUUGCGCUCAACGCAUCGGUAUUCGCGCUGGUUUGGGCGAAUCGCGAGGGCGGCGAGCAUAUCUCGCCGUGGCGCAAUCGACUGAGGGAGAUAAACAGACUGCGGGAGAAAUACAGUCUCAAAUAUGUGCCGACGCCUUCACCACCGGGGACAGCUAUGAGCCACGGCAACGCGGUAAUCAACACGUCUUUGCCUCAGCUCGAGGUAGUCAGGCCAGGCAACACGGUUCGCGACAGUUUCACCAGCCUGAGGCGAUCAUCAGUCGCCACAUUCUUCUCCAACUCGAGCGAGCAAAACUCGCAUCGCUCUUCGAUGCUAUCAACUGCGCCCACCGAUAACACCGAAGUCAUGACAAGUAACGGACUAGACUCGCUAGUCGACAGCGUCGAUUUCUCUAAGUGGGCAUAG